AUGGUCAAAGGCACCUUCGAGUAUGUCUUUCAGCAGGUGCUGUGGCUGAUAGGCAGCGCUGCACAGCUGAUUGCAGCGAUGGGUAUCGGUAUUAAGUGGAUGUUCAUGACAGUGCGCUGCGUGACCUUCGCCGCAUUGGACUUGAUGUAUUUCAUGCCGAACAUCCUCUGGUACCUACUCUCGCCGAACAUAAUCCGCCGCGUGUCAUACCGCUCCUCCCGGACGACGAAGCUGCGCAACUUGGAGGCGCUUCUGUCAAAACAAGUGUGUGCAGACCCGCUGAUGAGUGCGGUGCGCUCUGGCACCUUCUCUUGGAAUUCCAUGAGCAAUCACCAUGAAGCAUUCCUGCAGGGAAACCGCGCCACUGGCAGUCGCCGUGCCGGCUCUCCGUCGCUGCCUCUGCCCAGUGGCCCGGAGGUGGACCGGGAAACGGUGGAGCGGUGGGCUUGCGCGAUCAACCCGGCCGACGGCACCUUCGUCAACGGGCUUCCGGUGAACAUGACCGAUGAGGAGAGUCCUCCGAGCGUAUCUCGGCUUAAUACGGCCCUGAAGUACAACAACUCCUUCGACGACACGCUCGCCGCCCUACAACGCGUGUACCGUCAUCGCAGUCAGCAGCAACAGCAGCAGGGGAAGAUGAACUUCGUGGCGUCACAUGCGGAGUCGUCAUUGUCGCAGGGUUCGGCGUUUCCCGAGGCUUCGAACGAGAGCUUCACGGACUCUGAUGAUGAGGCCGAUGUGGAAGACCGGAUGAACCUGCAUAACCGCGCCACUCUGGACAUCUACCUCCCCGUCCCGCUGGACUCGCUCUUCCGCUUUAUGGAUCAAGAGCGCAAGUCCAACGAAACGGCGCCCAUGCAGGACUGCGAAAAGUCUCACGAUAGCCGAAAAGGCGGUGGCGGCGGCACCGCGAGGCGACAGCCGCAACCUCCGGCACAGAAGCGCCGCUGUAGGCUGCUGCGCAAGCGCUUUCCCAUUUUGAUCUCCGUCAACGGUGGCGCAUGGAUCAUUGGCUGCUACUUCUGGAACUUCUUGGUCGCACGUCUCUUCGCCGCGCGCGGCUACGUCGUCUUCUGCCCCGACUAUCGCAACUUCCCGCAGACAACGAUGGAGGGCAUGACGCUGGACGUCUCAGACGCCAUCGCGUGGGUGUUGAACAACGCAGAGCGCUACAACGGAGACCUGAACAACGUGACGCUCAUUGGCCAGUCCGCCGGUGCGCACCUGACGAUGAUGUCGCUGCUCUCUCAGGCGCAGCUCUCCGCGUACCGGUGCAACGCCGAGCAAGGCACCUACGAAGGUGUCCCACCGCCGUCGAACGUCGCCUACAACGUCCCCCGCUACAACCCGCGUGAGUCGAUUCACCGCUACGUCGGACUAAGCGGCAUCUACAACGUCGGCGGUCUCGUGAGGCACUUCGACCAGCGAGGCCUCUACCGGGACGUGCUGUACCAAAUUGCCGGUGGAAAGGCGCACAUGGCGCGCUACACGCUGAACGCCUACUUCGAUGACCGCCGCGGUGGCGACACGGGCGAAGUGCUGCCGGACAACAUCUUCGACUUCUUCCCUCAGCGCAUGUUUUUCAUGCACGGCGACGCGGACAAGAGCGCGCCCCUCACGGAGAGUGCGAAUAUCGUUUACAUCAUGCGCAACGCGCAGCGGGACGCGAUUGUAAAGGCCAUUCAGGAGAACCCAGAGGCUGCCAAGACGCUGCCGAAGCCAGUGACCAUCGAGUACAUCCUCGUCCCCGGCGCCACGCACACAGACUCCAUCAUCGAGGAGCCGCUCUGUGGCAACAGUCACAUCGUAGAAUUCUUGUCCUACUACGACAUCGACGAUGAUGAACGUCGACACGCGCAGUUGACCGGGAAAACAGCGACGGCAGCGCCCAUCGGCAAAGACGGCGGGGCAAGCGUGACAGAUGGGGCGCACUCCCGAACGUCGAGCGUGACCGCGAGCAGUGCAGCUGGUGGGGCUACUGACGGCUCUAGCUCCGUGUCGAAGCUAAUGGACCUGGAAGCCAUCUCGAAGGGUCUGAGUCCCGUGCUGAGUGGUAUCUCGCCGGAGGUACACUACAAGUUCCCUAUCAUUCCCGCCACGCGGCCGGACGGUUUUUUGCUCUCCCCGUGCCCGUCUUCCUCGCGCAGUAAGCUGAUGCGGCUCGCCAGCUACAUCUGUCCUUUUUGA